AUGCUGCACCUUGUGGGCCUGGGUCUUGCCGAUGAAAAGGACAUCACGGUCCGCGGCCUGGAGAUCGUGAAGAAGGCCGAGCGCGUGUAUCUGGAGGCAUAUACGGCCAUUCUGCUGGUGGACAAGGCCAAGCUUGAAGCUUUUUAUGGCCGUGAGGUAAUCGAAGCAGACCGCGAGCUCGUCGAGAGCGGCAGCGAUGAUAUCCUCGCCGGCGCCGACAAGGCCGACAUCGCCUUCCUGGUUGUAGGCGAUCCCUUCGGCGCGACCACACACACCGAUCUUGUCCUGCGGGCCCGCGAGCUCGGCAUCCAGACCAACGUCGUCCCCAAUGCCUCGAUCAUGUCCGGCAUCGGAUGCACCGGCCUGCAGCUCUACAACUUCGGCCAGACGGUGAGCAUGGUGUUCUUCACCGAGAAUUGGAAGCCGUCGUCCUUCUACGACAAAGUGCGUGAGAACGUGCAGAUCGGCCUGCACACCCUCGUCCUGCUGGACAUCAAGGUGAAGGAGCAGUCGAUGGAGAACCUGGCGCGCGGCCGGCGCAUCUUCGAGCCGCCGCGCUACAUGACCGUGGCGCAGUGCGCGAGCCAGAUGUUGGAGACCGAGGAGACUCGCCAGGAGGGAGUGUAUGGGCCGGAUAGUCUGGCAGUGGGUGCAGCGCGGGUAGGUGCCCCGGAUCAGAAGCUGGUGGUCGGCACAUUGAAGGAGCUGAGUGAGGUGGAGAUGGGGGCGCCGCUGCACAGUCUGGUGUUGCUGGGUCGCAGGACGCACGAUUUGGAGCGGGACUUUAUUCGGCAGUUUGCGGUUGACGAGGCGACAUUUGAUGCAAGCUACCUGAAGAACUAUGGGGCUUCUUCAUGA